AUGGCUUUACCGGUGAUCAGAUCCAUUGCUGAAUGUACUGACUACAGCAAGACGGUCCUGCCUUAUAUUGCCCAGCUGUACGACCUACCGCAGCAAAUAUUCGAGAACAUCACAAAUCUUCAAGCUCUCAAAGUCCUCUAUGUCUCCACCAACCCGUUAAUAUCCGCCUUCGCCUUCUCAUUAUUCCUCUUUCCCAUAUUCCUGGUCGUCUCGGAAAUCAACAGGAACUACUCGCAAGUUGAUCGGUGUUGGAGCGUCUUACCUACACUAUAUAAUGCCCACUUCACAGCCUAUGCACAUGCUACAGGCUUGUCAACUCGACGGCUGGAUAUGCUGCUGCUUUUUAGUACCUUCUGGAGCGCGCGAUUGACAUACAAUUACUGGCGCAAAGGAGGCUACAGCAUUGGCUCCGAAGAUUAUCGAUGGGAUGUCCUGAAGGAAUAUAUCAGCCCGCCGUUGUUCUUCAUCUUCAACGUCGUCUUCAUCUCCUUGGCUCAAAGUAUCCUCCUUUUCCUUGUGGCGACACCAACCUACGUCCUUUUACUCUCGACGAAAAGCACACCUGCUUGGACAACUGCAGAUGUGGUGUUCUCGAGAGCAUGGGGAUUCCUCGUAUUUUUGGCAUUCUACGCCGAUGGGCAGCAAUGGAGUGAGUCAUGCUACCUCUCAGUCGGUUUCUGGACCAUCACAUCACUAACGGCAAGGAUUUUAGCCUACCAUUCGGCGAAGAAGGAGUACCAAGAGACAGCCAAAGUCCCCAAAUGCUUCGACCAAGAAACCCUUGACCGCGGCUUCAAUACCACCGGAUUGUGGGCAUAUAGCCGUCACCCCAACUUCGCAGCAGAGCAGUCUGUCUGGGUUCUGCUCUACGGAUGGUCUUGCUGGGUCACGCAGACAUACUACAACUGGUCAAUUAUUGGAGCAGUGGCAUACCUAAUUCUGUUUCAGGCAUCGACGUGGUUCACGGAGCUCAUAUCGGCGAGGAAGUACCCAGAGUACAAGGAGUAUCAAAAGAGGGUUGGGAAAUUCCUACCGAAGCUGCCCGGAGGUCCGCCGGGAAAUUUCAGCGAUCAGCGGGUCUCGAAGCAAGUCGUGAAAUGA